GCUCCCUCGGCCCCGCGAUGCUGAUUUUCGCUGCGCCCGCCGAAGCGACGCGCCCCGACCUCCGCUCUCCCUUCUCUUUCUUUUAGCUGCGCCGUUUCUGUAGAGGUCUCCGAAGCACAGCCGAGGUGCCGGCAGAUGGGCUGGGCUGUGCUGUGCUGCAGGGCAGCUGUGGCUGCAGGCUUUGACCCCCGGCCCUGAGUGCAGGGCAGCCCCGAGGCCAUCCCACCAUGUGACCCGGCGCUCCUGCAGCGAAUCUCUUCCUUUUCCAAAGAAUGAACGUAUGUCGAUGGUGUACACCAAGUGGUCUUGAUGCCACUGAAUACCUGAAGAGCUAUGCUUCUAAACAGUUGUCCCCAGAAGAUCUUGAAGCUUCCAACGAUGAUCUCUGUUACUGCUUGGAGUGUGUGGUUGAAUACCACAAAGCAAGGGAGAAAGUGCCAAGCUUGCAUCAGGUUUUAUUGGAAUUGGAAACCUCCCGCCUCAUAGCCCACAUUGAAAAAUCCAUAAGAGAAGAAGCUGGAGAAGAUGAUGAGUUGUUUAUAGUAGAUGAGAAUGGAGAGACACAGCUGCCUGUUUAUGUUGGCCCAGAUUUUGAGAAUAACCUGAGAGUACCUCUUCUAGAAGUGCUGAAAUACCCGUAUCUGCUGCUACAUGAGAAAGUCAGUGAGCUUUGUGUAGAAGUGCUGUGUAGAAUGGAAGAAAGUCAUACCUCCUUUCAGGUUUUUGAGAAAUAUCCAGGAAUUUAUCUAUUUUUGGUACAUCCAAAUGAAGUGAUUCGUCGUUGGGCCAUCCUAACAGCAAGGAAUUUAGGGAAGGUUGACAGAGAUGAUUACUAUGACUUACAGGAAGUGUUGACUUGCUUGUUUAAAGUUAUUGAAUUGGGGCUUUUUGAGAGUCCAGAUAUUUACAGAUCUUCAGUGAUUGAAAAGGGAAAACUCAUUCUUCUGCCAUCCCAUUUAUAUGAUAAUACCAACUACAAGAACUAUUGGCUAGGUAUUUGUAUGUUGCUAACAGUGCUGGAAGAACAAGCUAUGGACUCCUUGUUACUGGGCCCAGACAAACAGAAUGACUUCAUGCAGUCUAUACUUCACACCAUGGAGAAAGAAGCAGAUGAUGAUUCCACUGACCCCUUCUGGCCAGCGCUGCAUUGUUUCAUGGUUAUUUUGGAUCAGCUUGGUUCUAAAGUAUGGGGUCAGCUUAUUGAUCCCGUUCAGGCCUUUCAAACAAUUAUCAACAGUGUGAGCUACAACAAUGAAAUAAAGAAUAUACGCAAUAGCCUUAUAAGGACAAAAUCUGAACAGAAGACAGACUACAAUGAUGAAAUGGUUACUUGCAGUCAGAUUGUAUAUACUUAUAACACAGAAAAGCCUCAAAAGGAUACUGGGUGGAAAACUGCUAUUUGUCCAGACUACUGCCCCAACAUGUAUGAAGAUAUGCAAACACUGGCUAAUGUGCUUCAGUCUGAUAUUGGCAGAGAUAUGCGUGUCCAUGACAGCACAUUUCUGUGGUUCAUCCCUUUUGUUCAGUCACUAAUGGAUCUCAAGGACUUGGGUGUGGCAUACAUAGUAGAGGUCAUUCACUACCUCUGUUCGGAAAUCAAGGAUAUUCUCAAUGAAAGAAUCCAGCGGUGUGACAAAGUUUCUGAAUUUUUUCUGUUGAUCUUGGUGUCAAUUAUUGAACUACACAGAAACAAGAAGUGCCUGCAUUUGCUGUGGAUUAGCUCUCAAGAAUGGGUGGAAGCAGUGGUGAGAUGUGCUAAGCUUCCAGCAAUUGCAUUUACCCGGUGUACUGAAAAAGCAGCUGGCAGCUAUGCUAGAGGUUCAUCGACAAUAUCUUUACAGGCUUCUAACUCUGUGCAGCAUGCUUGUGUGCAGUUGAUACGCAGCCUUCUUAGAGAAGGCUAUCAGAUCGGUCAGCAUGCACUAUGCAAGCAAUAUUUAGACAAACUCAAUCUCCUUCUGCGAGGAAAUCUAUCUUUAGGUUGGCAGCUGAACAUCCAAGAAACUCAGGAAUUACAAAUAUGUUUAAAGCAGGUUAUAAGAAGCUUAAAGAGCAGAGCAGUGAAUGUGUCUGUAGAAAACAAUGCAAACUCUACAGCUUUACCCACUGUUUCUUUGAAGCAAGAGAAGAGCGCACCUGGUGAUGGUUAUAAGAUGAGUGUGCAUGGCAGAGAGAACCUUUGUUCACCAGUUGCCUUCAUAUCAAAGGAAGGUGAGGAUGGACGUUGUCAAGAUAACUCUUUCACUGGCAGAAAUAGUGCCUGGGAACAAGAUUGUAAAGAUUCGUCUAAAAACUCAAAAUCUUUGACCUCUACAGACUGCCUCUUGGUAAAUAUUAAAAAGGAACCUACGGACUUGAUAACUCAGGAGUGCAGAUGCCUGCAGAAAUCAUUUGCAAAAGAAAUGCAUGGGAAAGUUCAGGAAAAUAGGAAUAGUGGUCUUAUGUCAGGGAACUGUGAUGUGGGUAAUCAGGGCUUUAAUAUAAGUAUUCAGAGUUUGAAUUCUAGAAGAAGUGGAGUGUUGGAAAACAAACAGGAAGCGGAAGCUAUAUCACCAAUAUAUCUAUCUGCUCAAACUAGUGUUGAUUCUCCAGAGCAUGUUUACAGCUCAGAUGUACAGGGAAGAAAAGUGUCUCCUAGUUCCUCUUCAGAGUUUAAAGAAGAUACGCAUAGGCUUGGGCAUCUUCAUUUUCAGACACGCAAUACUGAAGGGCACUCUAGACUAUUAACUCAAAUAGCGGAUCUGAAAAACUGUGGUUCUGCAACAGGUGCUUCAGAAGCAGAGCAACUUGUGUUUUGCACUGGCAGUUCAUGUAUGAGGAAAGGCUGUUGCAAGCAUCAGGGAGUAAACGCUGUGGGUGAAAAUGAAGACAGAGAAUCAGCAAAUAUUUCAAGGAGUUCUGAAAGUACGUGGGAGAAAAGUGCUUUUCAAUACGGGCUGGUCUCCAAAAACCAGGAACAAAAAGAGAUGCCACUUGACUGCUUCAGCUUUGCUAAAAAUCAACCUGGAAAUCAACCUGGCAUGCAGGGAAACAAAGAUAACAGUAUUUUGCUUGCAAAUAUUAGUGACACCGUGCUGCAGAACGUAUCCACCAAAGACGACUUGAGUUUGUUGUUGAAGUCUGUCUGUCUUAAAGACCAAGAGCAACCUAAUUUAAGAGACCUAGUUAAAUGUGACCGUAAAGGUCAAAUUUCAAAGUCAUCCUGUACAGUUAAAAAUUCAGUGAGUGGUCAUGUUCCAUCUAGCUUUGAAAAUAAGGGAGUUAUGUCCAACACUGCUCUUCCAGUCAGUCCACUGACAAUCAGAUGUGAAUCAAGUGAAAAGUUGAUAGUAUGCUCAAAAUAUUUCAAGAGAGAAAACGGUUCAGAGGGGAAGGAAGAGGAGAAUUUUGUGAGGAUGGUUUCUGAAGAUAAUGCUUUAACAAAUUCCCAGCUCGAUAAAGAUCUCAGUAAAUUGUCAUUAGCUGCUUAUGCCAAAAGUGUCAAUUUUCCAUCAUGGUCAAGUCAGGAAAGUUCAAUGCAUAAUAAUACAUGUGAUGUUAAAAGGAAAGUGAAAAGUGCUGUAAGAUCUUCCAACGAUGCCCAGAGUAAUCAGACUCUCUGUGAUACAGAUAGCCAUGGCAAUAAAAUCAUUAUAAUUUUAGACUCUUCUGAUGAAGAAAACAAUAUUACUGUCAAUGAGGAAAGAAAAGAAAUUAAUGAAAAUGCGUGUCCUGAAAAGCAACCUUUAUCAGAAAUGCAGCAUGAUGUUACAGGUAGCAAAUCAGAAUCAAAGAUGCCAAACUCUCCCUUGCCACUUGAAGACUGUGACUCUCAGUACUUUGAGUUUGAAACAGAAGUUGAUGUCUUUUCUGUUUGGCAGGAUACUCAAGAAUAUAAACAAGACGGUCUUUCAACAUCGGUUGGUAGCAGUCAUUCAGAUGGCUUACUGAAGGAUCACACAAAUGAAUGGGGUUAUGAUACAGAUUAUGUAAGUGAUGAUGCCAUGGAAAAAGAAACAAACCAGACAGGGGAGGAGAUAAAUACUCAUCAGAAAGAAACUGAUAAUACAGAAGUAACUAAUUCAGCUUUGCAAGAAUUUUCUGCUAAACAAGAUGUAAAAGAUGAAGUGAAGAACUCUACUGACAAAACUACUGUUGAUAAAGACUUAAUUCUGAAUGCAGAUUUGACGGAACCCAGAGCUUCUACAUCCAGUAUCUCAUUAGCUUCAAAGCUGGCACUUAAGAAAAGUACUCUGAGCCCACGUAAAAAUAUAGCUAAAUCUAAGGUAGCAAGAACCAUUCAGAGAAGUCCUAAAACAACAGCUCUGAAUACAACACAAACUAAAAAACUACUUCAAAGUACGUUAAAAAAAAUUCAGCCUGGCAGGACAACGCCUGCUGUUGUUCCUCCAAAGAAAGCUCGGCAGUGUCCUGCACCAACAUCAACAGUGGAAAAGCUUGGUCUGAAAAAGGCACCGCGCAAAGCAUUUGAAUUAUCCCAGCGCUCUUUAGAUAGUCUAGCUCAAUUGCGUAGUUAUGGUAAAGUUGCAGGGAAGGUUGGAGUUGCUCAGAGGGGGAAGCUUAAACGAACUGCUCAUCCGAGUUUAUCUACGCAAAUUAACAAAAAAAUGCUAGCUUGCCAAGACCUUCAGUUUUUAAAGCAAACAAGGCUCGGCAAAAGUGUUCGAGUGAAAAAUAUUUCGAGGAGUUCUGAGGAUAGAAGCAAAAAAGUUAGCACAAUGGAUACAAAGUCUAUCAAACAAAAGGCUAAAUGUCUUGAUGAGCCAUCUGUUGAAAAGCAAGGAGAAAAAAAACCAGGAGUGACUUUUUAUCCAUCUGUCGAUGAGAGAGAACGUAUCACUAGCCUCUCUGUGGAGAAGGAGGCUGUGCAAACUACACUUGUCUCUAGUUGUUCAGACUCAAGCAGAACAAAAGACUGUGAUGUAAUGAUUCCUCGUGCGCUUAUGAAUUCAAGUCCAUGUUCUGCUGCAGUUGUUGGAGAUGCUAAAGGUAAACCAGAAGAAGGUUGCAUCGUCCAGCCUGAAUUUGGGAUGACAACUUCAAAAGAAAAUGAGUGCAAACCAGAUGAAAACAGUGAUGAUGAUGGUUUAUUUUUAACUCAGUUAGAUCCUGUGGAUAUGGAAUUGUGUUCACAGGAUGAAGAUGCUGAAAACAAUAAUAUAGCUACUAUAAGAACAGAGGAAAUGGAAAUAGAUAGCACUGAAAGCCUUCAGCAGAAUGAGCCCUUGACUGUUGUGAAAUGUAAGUACAAAGACUGUAUGGGAAAAGUGGAAAAAAUAGGAGACUGCUGUAGCAAGCAUUCGUCCACCAAUUCAGAAUCAGAUCACCUGUUUGCUAAGCCUUCUUCCCUGCCACCAAGAAAACCUUCCACUACUAAAAUUUUCAGUUCAGUAAGUUCUUCACGAAAUGCAGCCUUCAGCAAAGAUCUCGAAGAUGUUGAAAAACAACCACAAACUUUAAAAAGCAGAGCUAGCAUUGCAAAACCUGCUGUGUUGAGACCACUGAGUGAAAAGAUUACACCAACAAGAAAUCAAACAUGCAGGACUCCAAGUUCCAGUAAUAUUCCUCAACCUCGUAUUUCUAAUAAUGUUCUCCAGCCACGAAAUACACAGAUCAACAAUGCUUCAAAUAUUUCCAGAGGGCCUGUCCGAGCAGAGCACUAUUCUUCUUUUCUUGGCGCUCAGCAGCACGAUCAUAAUAUUUUUGUUAAGGAGGUUCUGAAAUGGACUUAUGAAAUGUUUGCAAACUCCAUGCAGUUUGGACCUCCAAAUUAUCUCCUGCAAUCUGUAGUCGCCUCUGUUCCCAUCAGAUUUCAGGGAUACAAUGACUAUUUUAAUACGUUUUUCCCCUUGAUGAUGCUAAAUGCCUUUGAAACACUGGUACAGGAGUGGGUAGAAAACCAGAAGAUGAAAGACAAGACUUACUACUUCCACUUACAGAACUUCUGUGCGGAUUUGAAUACGGCAGAGUUUAUAGCUCGUUUUGAGGAAAGUGAUUUGACAAAGCAGCUCCAUCCGAAGGAGGAUGACUUAAUCUUUCUGGUGGGCCAGAAAAAGAAAGAUGCCUUUGGGGAAGACAGUGAGGUGGAGGACCACCUGGUGAAUCAUGUUGGUCUUGUGAGGCGAUUUUCUCGUGCAUCUGGCUGCUUAACCAGACAAAUGGAGCAACAUAUUGUCUGUCAUCUUUCUGUACAAACUCAAGGAAAUUUGUCAUUCUUCAUAAAUAGUCAAAUGAAGUGUGUGGUGGUUGGUUCCUUAGUGCCCACACAGCGAUCAUUCAAAGGUCUGCUACUACUGAGCAGGAGUCCCCUGGCUAAACCCAUCAUAAAUCCAAGCUACAGUGAUUUCUGUCCAAGAGAUUUGCCUGUAGCUUCAGAAAAUGCUACGUUUUGUAUGAAUGAAUACAACGAAGAUCAAAAGAGAGCCAUUGAAACAGCUUAUGCCAUGGUAAAGCAACAUCCAGGGCUUGCCAAAAUCUGUCUUAUCCAUGGACCACCUGGAACUGGGAAGUCCAAAACUAUAGUUGGACUUUUGUCUCGUGUUUUGAGAGAGAACACUAGGAAUGAGAAAACAAGUAAAAAAAAUGCCAGGAUGAAGCAGAACCGUUUUCUGGUUUGUGCACCAUCCAAUGCUGCGGUUGAUGAACUCAUGAAAAAGAUCAUCAUUGCAUUUAAGGAAAAAUGCCAAAACAAACAGGAGCCUUUGGGAAACUGUGGUGAUAUCAAAUUAGUGCGACUGGGUGCUGAAAGAUCAAUCAACAGUGAAGUCCGGGCUUUUAGCCUGGAUAAGCAAGUUGAACAUAGAAUGAAACGAAAGCCAACUGACCGGGACCAGGAUAUUCAGAAGAAAAAAGCAGCUCUGGAUGAGAAGCUGGACAUGCUUUCUCGUCAGCGUGCCAUGCACAGAUGUGAAAAGAGGGAGAGUCAAAUGCUAGAUGAUGAAAUUGGCAGACUUUCAAAGGAGAGACAGCAACUUGCUUCUCAACUGAAAGAGGUUCGGGGACACUCUCAGAAGGUACAGACAGAUAUCAUCUUGGAGUCUGAUAUAAUCUGCUGCACACUGAGCACAAGCGGAGGAGGUCUGCUGGAAUCUGCUUUUUGGCGACAAGGACUCGAUCCUUUCAGCUGUGUCAUUGUGGACGAGGCAGGGCAGUCCUGUGAAGUUGAAACACUGAUUCCACUGAUUCAUCGCUGUAAUAAACUUGUCCUUGUUGGAGAUCCCAGGCAGCUCCCUCCCACAAUAAAAUCAAUAAAAGCUCAGGAAUAUGGCUAUGGUCAGUCCUUAAUGGCACGCCUACAGAGACACCUGGAAGAACAAGUGCAGAAUAAUCUUAUACGACGUCUGCCAGUUGUGCAGCUGACUGUGCAGUACCGAAUGCACCCUGACAUCUGCCUUUUCCCAUCCAGUUAUGUUUAUGGCAGGACUCUAAAGACUGACAAAGCAACAGAAGAGAACAGAUGUUCUUCAGAGUGGCCAUUCCAGCCCUAUCUUGUUUUUGAUGUAGGAGAUGGCCGUGAGGAGCGUGACAAAGACUCUUUUAGUAAUCCCCAAGAAGUGAAAUUGGUGUUAGAAAUAAUUAGAACAAUUAAAGAAAAAAGGAAGGAUCUAGGUCUUCGUCGCAUUGGAAUAAUUACACCUUAUAGUGCACAGAAAAAGAAAAUUCAAGAGGAACUAGACAGAGUGUUCAGGAAUAACAGCCCAGGAGAAGUGGAUACAGUGGAUGCAUUUCAGGGACGGGAAAAGGAUUGCAUCAUAGUGACGUGUGUCCGGGCAAACAGCUCCAAAGGGUCAAUUGGGUUUCUGGCAAGUCUUCAGCGUUUGAAUGUUACAAUUACCCGAGCCAGAUUCAGCCUCUUCAUCCUUGGAAGACUGAAAACACUAAUGGAAAAUAAAGACUGGAACGAGUUGAUUCAGGACGCUCAGAGAAGAGGUGCAAUUAUCAAGACAUCAGACAAAAGCUACAAGAAAGAUGCACUUAAGAUUCUGAAGCUCAAACCAACACCACAGAAUCCCCCAUGCCAGCUUCCCACCAAAGCGGGGACAACGAAAACUCCUCUGGCAGAGGCUGCUUCUUCUAGUAGGAAGGUGGCUGAGCCUGCAAAUCCAAGGGAGGCCAGCAGACCACGGGAACUUGCUGCUGGUCCUGCCCAUGCAGUGCCACAGGGAAGCAGAAUGUCCCAGCAGGCACAGGGAACUCAGGUUGCAGACUCCCGGAGAGCCAGCAUCUCUGCACCAGUGCAGGCUGCAGCACUCCCUGCUGAUAAAGAGAAACCGCGGGACCCAAGGCUGGCAAGUAUGGCCAGCAGAACUGAAACGAAAGGGAAGGAGCAGGACCCAAAACACAGCAGUCAGUCAGCCCAGAGCAGUCGAGAAUCAACGCUGCAGCAGCGUCUGGAUGUGUCCUCAGCUGCCAGGGAUCAGAUUUCCAGAACGGAACCUUCUAAGAAGCACCAACAAACAAAGGGGCAGUGUGACAUGCCUUCCACGUUGCCUUCCACAGCUAAACAAGAGGGUGAGACAAGAGCUCCAUUGCCAGAACGCCAUUCAAAAGCCAGCAGUGAAAGAGGUCAGUGUAAUAGCAGUAAGUGGAACAAAGACCCACGUACUUCAAUGAGGAGAACAUCGGAGUCGUCAUCAGUGAGCACAGACUCCAGCAGUGCCAAGCGAAGAAGGAUCUCUCACUGACUUCAGUACUUCAGUGUUGGCUCGUUACUGAAAAUCUAUUCCCAGGUUUCUAUCUAACAAAGAAUGUAUUUUAAAAUAUUUAGUACACCUGGAACUCUCUUACAGUAAUACUACUGCUGUCAGAAGAUCCAUCAUUUUAAAUGUCUCUAGUUACAAAAGGGACUAUAUCUGGCAGUUAAGAGCUUUGGAAGAGAAAAGUUGGAGAGUUGCAUUACUUGGAAUGGCAGUGAAUUUUGUCAUCUAGGAAGUUAAGGUUGUAAAUGUUGUAUAUUUGUACAGUAUGCAAAAUUAUUUUAAGAUUUAAUUGGGCAAAUAUAACUUUUCAUUUCCUUGUGCAAAUGCAGAUUUCUUAGCUA